AUGGAUACAUCGUCACAAGCCCAAUGGCACCCUCGAACCAACACUGCAAUCUUCGUCCGUGCCUUGCACCUCCUCAACCUCGACCUCCUCCCGGACUGGCCGCACAUUUCAGAGUCGACAUUUCUCCCCCCUUCAAAGGCCUCCUCUAAUCCAACCACACCGGGAGCCCAACCUCAGAACCGCACAAAGUCCCUAGAAUGGGCACUCUACCACCUCUUCCGCGUGUAUUCGCCUUCCGAAGCGGUCUCGAGACUCUCGACGUGUUUCCCCCCUACCACACCCAUACAGUCGAGGGAUUUGAGGGCCGGGAUCUACAAAUGGCUCGCGGAACUGAAGCAGAGUGGCGUGUUGCCAAGGGAAACGGUGCUGCGGAAGACAAUGCUGGAUGAAUGCAAAGGUGACAAGUUUGAGGAGUUGAUUGCGAGGUUUGCAAUGCUUGUGCUUAGGAAGACGCUGUCGCAAGAUCACACCAACGCCAGCAGCAAUAGACAACAAGUCAAGCAGAAGACGCGUGAUGUUGUUGGGCGCCAGCAGAAGUACUCUUCCGAGAUAACAGGCAAGCACCAGGAUCCAGACUCGUUGGUUCCCCUGAUCCUCGCCUAUCGCGUUUCUCUGCAGCACUCUCUUCGCCAGCGCCAGGAUCUGAGGGAUAAGGCCACGGCCUAUUCGCGUGCGCUGGCUCAGAUACGCAAGGACGUCGCCAGCGGACUGGAUGAUAGCUCUCAAACCACGUCCAGCUCUGAAAUCUCUCAAAUCGCACUAUCGGCAGCGGAAUACAAGUCACUCAGUGAGCGAAUCAAUCUUGCCUUUGCAAGAGAUCGUCGCUGGGCAAGAUAUAUUCUCGAGGGUUACCCUCCUUCCUCGAAACCAGCUUCUGGCCGAGACCUGCCAGAAUGGCCUUUUCAAGCAGCCGUGCCACCCACACUACAAACCGGGACCACCGAUGCAGAAGACGACGUUGAUCAACCGAUCCAGCAACUGCAGACUUUGAUCUCUCGGCACCAGGGACGAAUCUCACGACUCGCAGCCGUACGCGACUCUCUGCUUUCUGCUUCUGGAUCAAUAAACAGUCCAGAAAAGCCACAAAUUUUGCCUACGCUGUCUACGGCGGAGGCGGUGCCGAGCAACUUGCCGAAUCGCCCAAAGCCACGGUUCAACCGGCAUCAAGAUCUCGUAAUGGCCUAG